CCACCCCUAGGUCUGAUGGGGGUGGUUGUGCCGACUCCGGAGGGGCAGCUCCGAGGACGCGGCGUGCGUGGCGGUUGCGGGGUUCGGGGAGACCCUGCGUCUGGGUGACUAGUGACCCCCGAAGGGUGGACGCUAAGGCCUGAGACAGGGACACUCAGUGGGACCUAGAAACAGAAAACCAGGUUCGCGUCCGCGAGGGAGACCCAGGCCUGGCACUGUCUUGCAGCCCUGGAGUAGGGGCGCAGGCCCGGGAUACCGGGGACAGAUCAGGGACAGACCGAGCAGAAGAUAGGGAACCUGUGGAUGGAGGCCCAGAUCUGGAGUCCCCGGAGACCAAGACACAGCCCAGGAUGGAGGACGUGUAGGGCUCUGGUCUGGAGUCUGAUUUGAUGGCCCCGUAGGGGCCACUGCAGGUUUGGGGGUGGGGCAGACACCUGGGCGUUACGGGAACCGCCCAGGUCAGGGAGCAGAGGUUGAUCUGGAGGGACAGACUCCAUGGGGGCGUGUCCAGGGCUGCUAUGGGCCUUUCGAAGGUGGCAGGCCAGACAGGUGCCUGGGUGGGACAGUUAGCACAAAGGUGAGCCACAGGCGGUUAGACUCCUCAGUAGAGCAGGAAUAGCCCUGGCUCCCACCCUCUUCUGGAAAAGCAGACAGCCAGACACCCAGAGGCCAGAGCAGGAGCAGGAGCUGAGGGCAAGCCACAGGUCUGGGAGUGCUUGGGAUAGGGCCAGAGUCAUGGCCCCUCCACCACCACUGGCUGCCAGUACCCCAAUCCUACAUGGAGAGUUUGGUUCCUACCCAGCCCAUGGCCCACGAUUAGCCCUCACUCUCACAGCACAGGCUCUGCACAUACAACGGCUACGCCCAAAGCCAGAAGCCCGGCCCCGUGAUGGCCUAGUCCCCCUUGCUGAGGUCUCAGGCUGUGGCACUCUGCAGAGCCGCAGCCCCUCAGACACUGCAGCCUACUUCUGCGUCUACACCUAUCCUCGGGGCCGGCGAGGGGGACGACGCAGGGCCACCCGCACCUUCCGGGCAGAUGGGGCAGCCACCUAUGAGGAGAACCGUGCAGAGGUCCAGCGCUGGGCAACUGCUCUUAUGUGUCUUCUCCGAGGAGUGCCCCUGCCAGGAGAUCAGGAGAUCACCCCUGAACUGCUGCCUCGGAGACCUCGCCUGCUGCUAUUAGUCAAUCCCUUUGGAGGGCGGGGCUUGGCCUGGCAGCGAUGUAUGGACCAUGUGGUGCCCAUGAUCUCUGAAGCUGGGCUGUCCUUCAACCUCAUACAGACUGAACGACAGAACCAUGCCCGGGAGCUGGUGCAAGGGUUGAGCCUGAGUGAGUGGGAAGGCAUUGUCACUGUCUCUGGAGAUGGACUGCUCUAUGAGGUGCUGAAUGGGCUUCUUGAUCGCCCUGACUGGGAGGAGGCUGUGCGGAUGCCCAUGGGGGUCCUCCCCUGUGGAUCUGGCAAUGCACUAGCAGGAGCAGUGAACCACCAUGGCGGGUUUGAGCCAGCUGUGGGUCUCGACCUCCUGCUUAACUGCUCACUGCUGCUCUGCCGGGGUGGCAGCCAGCCUCUGGACCUACUUUCCGUGACACUAGCCUCAGGAACCCGCUGUUUCUCCUUCUUGUCCGUGGCCUGGGGUUUCCUGUCUGAUGUGGACAUCCACAGUGAGCGCUUCAGGGCCCUGGGCAGUGCUCGAUUCACACUGGGUGCAGCCCUAGGCCUGGCCACAUUGCACACCUACCGAGGACGCCUCUCCUACCUCCCUGCCACCACAGAGCCUGCCCUGCCUACCCCAGGCCAUGGCCUGCCCCGGGCCAAGUCAGAACUGGCCUUGGCUCCAGCCCCGGCCCCAGCUGUUGCCCACUCGCCGUUACAUCGCUCUGUGUCUGACCUGCCUCUGCCCCUGCCCCAGCCUGCCCUGGCCUCCCCUGGCUCCCCUGAGCCCCUGCCUGGCCUGUCUAUCAAUGGUGGGGGCCCAGAGCUGACAGGGGACUGGGGUGGAGCUGGAGAUGCUCCACUGUCCCCAGACCCACUGUUGCCUUCACCUCCCAACUCUCCCAAAGCACCUAAGCUCUCACCCAUUACUGAAGGGCCUCCAGAAAUGCAGGCAUCGUUGGGUCCUCUGCCUCCCACCCCUGGUGCUCCAGGAGCCUCUACCUGGGGUCCAACUGACCACCUGCUGCCUCCGCUGGGCUCACCACUUCCCCCAGAUUGGGUGACGAUGGAGGAGGACUUUGUGCUCAUGUUAGCCAUCUUGCCCAGCCACCUCUGCGCAGACCUGGUGGCAGCCCCACAUGCCCGUUUUGAUGAUGGUGUGGUACACCUGUGCUGGGUACGAAGCGGCAUCUCUCGGACUGCCCUGCUGCGCAUUUUGCUGGCCAUGGAGCAUGGCAACCACCUCAGCCUGGGCUGUCCACACCUAGGCUACGCUGCCGCUCGUGCCUUCCGCCUCGAGCCGCUCACACCCCGUGGCGUGCUCACAGUGGAUGGGGAGCUAGUGGAAUAUGGGCCAGUGCAGGCCCAGGUGCAUCCCAGCCUUGGCACGCUACUCACUGGGCCUGCAGGCCGCAUGGGUCACAAUCCCUGAACCUAAUCUCAAAUGGAACAUGCUGGGGCAGGGCCAGAAUGAGUGUGUGGCCUACAUUCUAUAAGUGGAAGCAGGGCCAAGUCAACUAGAACAGAUGUUCAAGCCUAAACCCCAGCGUCCUGGGAGCAGUGCCUGAAGGGCAAAGGUGAUCAAUCCCUACCUACUCAAGCUUUUUUUUUUUCUGGUCUUUUUUGAGACAGGGUCUCCCUGUAGCCCCAGCUGGCCUGGAACUCACUGUGUAGACCAGGCUGGCCUCAAACUCACUGACAUCCACCUGCCUCUGCCUCCCUAGUGCUGGGAUUAAAGGCCUGACUCUAGUCUUGACUACCUGGCAGCCAAGGGCUGGACCUGCCUUCCAGUUCCCCUAAAGACAGGGCCUGGAAUGCAUGAACUUGGUGAGGUCUCAGCUCAUUGGCCAGCCAGGGCUGAGUUUUGCCCUACUCUGGCCAAUCAGCCCUGGAGGGGCAGGUUCCCCGGGGCAGUCCCUAGGAUUUGCACUAAUGUUCCUCCCCAGUGGGGGGGCAGGGAAAACCAUUUCUCAUGUUCAGUGUCAUGUGUGUCCCUGUCGCUAGUCUAAAAAGCAAUUGAAAAGUUCUAUGCAAUAAAGGCAGUCAGCUUCUUUCCUCUA